AUGGCCUCACGAAUCAUUUUUGAUCCUCUCGUCGCUCUCCGUCUAUCUCCCCUGAUCAGCUCCACGUGCAGCCUCUGGUUCGCCUGGGACCAACAUCUCUUCCUCCGCGUCUUUGUCAACCCCACGAAUCGGUCUUUUAGUGACCAGUACCUUCCCACCUACUUUCGAACCUUUUUCCGCGGCGGCCUCACCUGGGUGCUCGUUCUGCUCGGCGUAACCCUCGCAACUGCGAGUUUGAAUAUCGCCACUGAUAGAGCCUCACUCCGUGCACGUCAGUCUCUGCAGUGGUACGCUGCUGGCGCUGCCUUUUCUGCCGGCCAUGCUGCGUUUGCCCCCAUCGUCGCGCCCAAAGUGCGCGCCAUCUCGGAAGAUCACUCGAAAGGGAAAUCGACAAGGGACUUGGAAGGAUGGCUACGCCUAAACCUGGCCCGGAUGUUUACCGUCGAUGCUGCUGCUUGGGUAUGCUUUGCCGUGGGUGCGAUUCGGACCCUCAGCGAGGGAGAAUGUCAAUAA